AUGUUGCGCACCCCUUCUGCGAUAAUCGCUCUGGAAAUUUAUGUCGAAGAAAAUGAUGCCUAUAGCGAUCGGGACGAUGGAAGUGAUCACGAGCAAGCUGUCAGCCCGGUUCCUACGGAACGACCGGAACGCGUUACUCCUCUUAACCUGAUGAUUACUGACGCCUCACGAAGAACUCCAUCUCCGACGCAGCCGCCAACACCGGGCAGCGUUGGCCCGAACAGUAACAGCAUCGGUGUUGCACUGGCAGCCCUUCAAAAUCAACUUCCACUUGGAUCUCUGUACCUGCAAAAUCAACUGGGACUGGGAACCCUCGGUGGACUGUCCAGUCAGGAGCUGAACGUACUCCAGCAAGCCUUACAGGCUCAGCAGGCCUCGUUUCAGCAGCAGCUGCAAAACUAUAUGCUCCUGCAGGCUCAAAACACUACAGGAGGAAAUGGUAGCGCCGCAGCUCAGGCCACGGCCCACGCGGCAGCUCAAUUCCUGAUGCAAAACCAGGUAAGCCCAUUAAAUCCAAGCUUUCCCCCUCCGACACCGUCCAUCACUAACAGUUCAUGUGUCGCUGCUAGUGUCAAUACUAACAACACGCAACCUCCCGCUAUCACGACCAGUUCUACUAACACUACUACUACUACUAACCUUAAACUAUCGCACGACGGAUCCCGAUCGCUGCAGGUCCAGCAGGCCGUCGCUCAGUUGCAAGCUCUUCAGCAAAAACAGCAACAGUUGAAAACGAGCUCCACACCGACUCCGGCUAACCUCUCCGGUAGCUCGCCUCUACACAGUCCUGCCGGUAGUCCCGGACUACACCAUCACCAUCACUCUUCGUCGCACACCAGUCUGCUCGGUUCGAGCCAAACUACUCCCCCGAACAGCAACCAGCUGAACGUGGGCGGUAUACUGACUCCCUCAACACCAGGCUCGGCCAGUCUAUCCACGCCGCAAAUGCAGAAACACCACGUGGCCGCUCCCCGUGCGCUGGAACCAUCACCGGAGGAAACUACCGACCUCGAGGAGCUGGAGCAGUUCGCCAAAACGUUCAAGCAGCGCCGGAUAAAGCUGGGCUUCACCCAGGGUGACGUGGGACUGGCGAUGGGCAAACUGUACGGCAACGAUUUCUCCCAGACGACGAUCUCCCGCUUCGAGGCACUGAAUCUGAGCUUCAAGAACAUGUGCAAGCUGAAACCGCUGCUGCAGAAGUGGCUCGAGGACGCCGACAGCAGCAUCUCCAAUCCGGGCGGCCGAAUGUUCAGCCCGAGCACGCUGACCAACACGACCACCACGCCGGAAAUCGUCGGUCGGCGGCGCAAGAAGCGCACCUCGAUCGAAACCUCCGUCCGGGUGGCCCUGGAGAAAGCGUUUCUCGUCAACAGCAAACCGACCAGCGAGGAAAUCACCAACCUGGCCGACAAUUUGUGCAUGGAGAAGGAGGUGGUGCGGGUAUGGUUCUGCAAUCGGCGCCAAAAGGAGAAACGAAUAAAUCCGCCGAACGGCAUGGAAAGUCCCACCCACUCGUCCGGCAGCAGCGAGAUGUUCCAGCUGCCAGCGAUGUCCGGCUCGACGUCGACGUCCACACCGGUCGUCGGUUCGGCAGCGGCUGGUAGCCUGGCGAAUCCGCACUAUCUAGCCCUUGCCACCGGAAGCAAUCAACCCACCGGUGGACCGGUGAUCAAACAAGAAUGA